AUGUCUAAACGCCCUCGCAUCGCAAGAUCCCCCUCACCGGGUCAAUCACCUGAGAAUUGGUCAAGAUCACCGUCCCCAGCAUCUCCAGCGCCAUCUUGUGAACGUUCCAAGAUACUCUUGCAAGACACAGGUGAACCUGCUGUGGAAGUGAUGCAUUGUUCCCUCCCUCCGCAUAGGGAAGUCAUCUCCUUCUCCUCCUAUGAAGAUUAUGAGGUGCACUAUUUGCAAACGCACGUCAACCGAUGUUCAGAGUGUGGGAAGAAUUUCCCUACAGAUCGAUUCCUGAAUCUGCAUAUCGAGGAGAAUCAUGAUCCUCUCGUUGCUGCGAAGAGAGACAAGGGAGAGAAAACUUACAGUUGCUUCAUCGAGGAUUGCGACAGGAAAUGCUCUACACCUCAAAAGCGACGGAUGCACUUGAUUGAUAAACAUAUGUUUCCAAAGACAACGCAUAUCGGCUACCGCGCUCUCACUGCUGGACGGCAGGCUGAGAAACCGAAAGACAUCCGAAUCGCACUCGCAUGCGGUCUCACAUGCAGUGUCCAAACAAAGCGUGGGACAUAUAAGUCCGGAGGAAAUGGGAAUCACUCAACUAGAGAAGUCCAUGUCCGCGUUACGAUUUGUCCCGGCAAGUGUUAG